UCUUAGGAAGUUUGUUUAAUGAAACGGUGCCACUGACUGAAGCGUUUAAACAUGAGAAUAGCAGGCGCUGCGAAGUUGGUGGUAGCUGUAGCGGCAUUUCUGUUGACAUUUUAUGUUAUAUCUCAAGUAUUUGAAAUAAAAAUGGAUGCAAAUUUAGGAAACCUGUUUGCAAGGUCAGCAUUGGACCCAGCUGCACGGUCUACAAAGCCUCCAAGAAAUAAAUGUGGGAUUUCAAAAUCAUGUCCAGAGAAGCAUUUUGCCUUUAAAAUGGCAAGUGGAGCAGCCAAUGUAGUGGGGCCUAAAAUUUGUGUAGAAGAUAAUGUUUUAAUGAGUGGUGUUAAGAAUAAUGUUGGCAGAGGGAUAAAUAUCGCUUUGGUAAACGGAAAAACCGGAGAAGCAUUAAAUACAAAAUAUUUUGACAUGUGGGGAGGAGAUGUAGCACCAUUUAUCGAGUUCCUGAAAACCAUUCAAGAUGGGACCAUCGUCUUAAUGGGAACCUAUGACGAUGGCGCAACCAAACUCAACGAUGAGGCUCGGAAGUUGAUUGCUGAACUGGGAAGUUCAUCCAUCACUAACCUUGGCUUUAGAGACAACUGGGUCUUUUGUGGUGGAAAAGGUAUUAAGACCAAAAGUCCUUUUGAACAGCACAUAAAAAACAACAAGGAUACCAACAAAUAUGAAGGAUGGCCAGAGGUAGUGGAAAUGGAAGGGUGCAUCCCCCAGAAGCAAGACUGAAAUUUACGGAGGCUGUGAGGAAAAAAUGCACUUUCUGCUUUUAAAGGGAGAGUAUGAAGGAGAUACUACUAUGUAAAUAAUUCCAGCAUGCAUUCAUAUUGGUAUGUGCAUGCCCAUCGACUCUUUCAGUACCAGGAUUAUUUAUUGUGAACAGAAAUAGAAAUCAUUGUAAAUAGGUCUGACAUUGAUAAGCAAGACAUUUGAACCAUGGUUUUUUUCCAAAAAGCACAGUAGUUAGAUUGUAGAUGGUAAAUAUAUCUUUUAAACCUAGAGAUCAGCCUUUAACUGUACCAAUUGAAUGACUGAACAGAUCAUGACAGAUAUUGUACUGUUCUUUGACUGUGUACUCGUUGCUGAGAGAUUGUUACCUUGUGAAAAAUGUAGAUUUUGGUGGGGGGAAAAAAGUAAGUGCUCUGAUGAUUUUGUUUGGUUUUGUUUUAAUCGUCUGCCUCUUUUAUGGCAGAAUCACCUUUUAUUUAGUAAUUGUUCAGCCAGUCACAGAAUUGUAUCUUCCAUUUAAUUCCCCUAGCCUGUUUAGAAGAAGAGACAUAAAGAAUUUAGUAAAUGAAAAUGUUUUGAUAUCAAAAUUGAGAUCUGACAUUAAAAAGCACAACAAAAUUCUUUUUAUAAAUGCACAAUAAAAAGUAAAUGUUUAAUUGUAUACGAUAUUUAAAACUGUAGCUUGAAUCAGUUUAUAUUUAUGAUGCAGAUGUUUUCUUUGUCGAAGAUAUUUGGAGAAUGACUUGACAUUUGAGCCACAUAAUCAUAUACCUACACUGAUUUUUUUUAAAAAAAACAAUCGUUGUUUGUGCUUCUCAGACCAUCAACACUUGACUAUUGCAAUUCAGCAAAGUUAAACUGGCCUUUUGAAUGAUAUUUCAGAAGUGAUUUAAUUGUGGGCAGAAGCUGAUAUCCAAGGCACACACUCAGCACUGGUAAAAUGCAAGUGGGUAGGUAUUCAGGCAUUUUGGAUCUCUCUGCCAGAAAAUAAGUUAAUUAUGCAUUCCAUCAUCCGUGUUGCAAUGUACAGCCAGUAAUUCUUUUAAUGCGGAAGAUUAUUCCAUCUGAAAGUAUUAUAGCAGAUGCCAGGAAGAGCACUGCAUCGCAGUACUCGAUUGUGAUUACCUAAUCAUUUCUGGUAUCAGCCCGUAGAAUAAUAGAGAAUCGAUUGGGAUCGAUUUAGAGUGAUCUUGCGUCUUACGGAAGAAUGAAAAAGAAAUCUGUAGCUUUAGCUGUUUAGUCUCUAAGUCUAAGCCAGUGGAGUUCAGUGUGAUUUGUCAGCAUUGCAAGCAUUGCCAGCAAAAAUGGGGGAUCUUGGAGUGUGUCUUUGAAGCAAGAAACAAAAGUAAUGUGACUCGAGAUACCACUCUGUUGCAGGCUUGCCCUCCCGAGAAUCUCUCGUGUCAGACUUUGGGUGACUUUACUAAAUAGCCAGAGCCAGUAUUUGAAUGUUGCUCUGAAGUUCAAAAUCUAGCUCCAAUCUAGCGAUAGAUAAAAUUGGAAACUUUGGUUAAUGUUAACUAGCCUAUUGUACUGUUUCUUCCCUUGAACUGAAUGAAUGUAAAACCAAUAAAUGCACCUUAUACAGUCUGAUUUUUUAUUGUUUGCAAGGGAAGGGGAGUAAAAUUUGUCACUAUUUGGUGCUUUAAGAAUCUAAAUUGCAUUUGGAUCGAUAUUAAAAAAAAGUUUUGUCAAUACUGUCAAGGUCAAACAAAACUAUUUUUCAGUGCCAGAGAUUGAGAAUCAUUGUACAAGUUUCUGAACGUUAAAAUGGUGAAAAUAAAUAUUGUUUCUGAAUUGCAAUACUUAAUGAUUGACUUGUCUGAAAUACUUUUAAAAUGUCAAAUGAACAUGUCCAGGAUUCAUAGAAUUACUUAAUGUGCAAGGACAUAAACCAUUCCAGUGGAUUCAUGUCUUGUAUGUAAAACUUUGGAUUUCAAGACAAGUAAUGUCACAUGUAAUUCUCAUACUUCAGUUUGGUAAUUUUUUUUUUAUAUAUGUAUAAAAUAUGCAAAAAAAGGCAAGGUUAGGAGCAAGUAUUAUAUACCUGCUUUUUCGGGCUGGGUCAUUUUUUUAUAUUACUCUGUAUGGUUUGUGCCAACUAUUUCAACCUUGGAAGCAAUAAUUUUCAUACUCAGGUCUGUUUUUAAGUCAUCUCAUUGUAAGCGCAUUAUUUGAGUUUGAAUUUAACGCGAUGAAGUUCCUUUAUUAAAAACCAGAAGUUCAGCAUCUA